UAGAUUUUGGGGUCACCACCACAAUUAGGAGGCGAUAAUAAAUGGCGGGAAAAUCGUUUAGGGUAACUUCACCUCUCUAAAUCCGCCACUGUUUCCACCGUCCAGUCUCACCGCAAUUCCUCCGUCUCCCCCUCUUACGUUACAACUAGCAUUCUCUCUCAGUCAAUCGGUAACUGUUUCGGUUAUUUCUUCGUUUAAUUGAAAGAUGAACAACAAUGACAAUUGGGAGGAGGAUGAAGAAGAUGACGAAGAGGACAUGGAAUUCUCGAGAAAUUAUUUUCUAGCAAAGGAAUUAACAUCUUCAGUGAAGAAAUCCAAACACAAGAUUACUGACAUCGAUGUUGUUGAUGAACAGGAAUUGAGAGAUGCUUCAUUGCAAAUUCAACCCAAGCAUGAAAAUGAGAUUGCCGUUCUAAUCGAUUCCUAUACAUCUAUGUAUCCUGAAUGGCUUCUCUCCCUAAGAUGUGGGUUUGCUCUUCUAAUGUAUGGCUUUGGGUCUAAGAAGGCUUUGAUUGAAGACUUUGCUUCAACGACAUUAACCGAAUAUUCUGUAGUUGUCAUUAAUGGGUAUCUUCAGGCCAUUAACUUAAAACAGGUUCUAAUAGCUUUAGCUGAACUUCUAUGUGACCAAUUGAAAGCCAAGCGCAAGGUUUCCGGCCGGCAGCCAUUCAAUACUCAAUCUAUGGAAGAUCUUCUUACAUUUUUGUAUGAAGCGGAAGUAGAGGACACCGAUUCUUUCGUUUGUGUAGUCAUUCACAAUAUUGAUGGACCAGGAUUAAGGGACUCUGAAACCCAACAAUAUCUCGCUCGACUGGCUUCUUGUACCCAUAUUCGCAUUGUUGCCUCUAUUGACCAUGUCAAUGCUCCCCUGUUUUGGGACAAGAAUAUGGCUCACACACAGUUCAAUUGGUGCUGGUAUCAUGUUCCUACAUUUGCCCCAUAUAAGGUUGAAGGCAUGUUUUAUCCUCUGAUUCUUGCACACGGCAGUGCCAGCCAAAGUGUCAAAACAGCUGCAAUAGUUUUGCAAAGUUUGACACCCAAUGCCCAGAGUGUAUUCAAAGUUCUUGCUGAAUAUCAAAUUUCGCAUCCUGAUGAAGGAAUGCCAAUCAGUGAUCUAUACUCAGUCUGUCGUGAACGUUUCCUCGUUAGCAACCAGGUUACCCUGAAUUCUCAUUUGACGGAAUUUAAAGACCACGAGUUGGUCAAGACCAAGAGGCAAUCCGAUGGUCAAGAUUGCUUGCACAUACCUCUGACAACAGACGCACUUCAAAAAGUUCUACUCGAGAUCAGUUAGUAGCAUGGAUUAUGAUUCCAAUGAUAUUGUAUGGGGGCAAACAAAUUAAUUCACACAAUCAUUUUCCAAAAAUGGAUGAUAGGUAUUGUAUGGGAACCUAAAUAUUUGUAUUUUCCUGCCUGUUUGUGAAGAAAAUUAGUUAUUUAGAUUAGUUUUUGUUCUUGAUCAUUUCUGAUUCGUUAAAGGUGUGACUGAACUAGCUGCUACGUCUUUCGGAUUGUUUCCAUGAGAAUGCUUAACACUCUCUGGUCUGCUAUGAUAAUAAAGCGUCAAAUAUGAAUAUCACAUAUUAAGAAGAAAUAAAAGAGACAUGUCCCCUUCUCAACCUGAUGGAAUGGACCAACAUGUCAUGAGAGUAGAAACCAAGUAUUUUUCAAUCCAAAUCACAUAACAUGGGUGUAUGUUGUAUCAUCAAUGAAUAAUUUAUAAUUGUUUUUGAUAAGGUCACACCAAUAAUAUUCAGAGAAACAUAAUCACUACAAUUUUCGUGUAUAACUAGAUUGUACUUAGUUUGAAUAAUAUUUAGUAUAUAGCGCAAGUAAUGGGGUGAUGUGAGUUGUGAUGUACUUGAAUACGCGUAUUUGAAAGUUUGGUAUUUGAAGGCCACACUUAGUUCAUAAAGAUGAAUGUUUACAGCUUGCAAAAAA